CUUUAUGAACAGGUUUCACUUAUCUAUUUUGCACAAACCUGGUAGAAUUGAACACAGCAACGUUGUGAUACAAAUUUAAAUGUUGCAGUGUCUGAUCAAUGAUCCUGAAACUUUAAGAAGACAGCAGCUGGAAUCGUUCCAAACACAAAAGGCACCAGAUAUAACAUACCGAAGACCCGAGUAUGCAAGCUAUGACGCACGCCUGGCUACAUAUAACGGCUGGCCGGAAAAGAUGUCUCAGAAGCCCUACCAGCUGGCAGACGCUGGUCUGUACUACACAGGUGUUGAAGAUCAUGUGCGGUGUUUCGCGUGUGACGGAGGACUGCGACAGUGGAAUGUGGGGGACUACCCUUGGGUAGAGCACUGCCGCUGGUUUCCGGCUUGUCCCUUCGCCAGGAGAACCAAGGGAGACCAAUAUAUCGCGCAGGUUCAGGCUUCCGUCGAACAAGGGGAGGACUUUUCAGAAAUGGAGGAAACAAGACCUGUGUCCCAGCAUCAGGAAAAGUAUCCUGAAGACAUUGUGACUUCCGGUAUAGACAACAUCACGCUUGGGAGCCCGGAGCUCGAGGAACACCAACGCACGUGCACUGAGGAGCUUGGGUUUCACGCCAAGGAGUUUAAAGAGGCCCUCAUUCGACUUAGAACAAGUGGAAAUAUCCGUCCAACCUUGGAAGAUCUUAUCUUCUGCAUAGGCGAUAUCCAAAAACAGAGGGAAAUUCAACAAUUGCAACAGGAAACAGUAAAAGUGGACACCCCAGAAAGCAUACUUGAAGAGAACGCUCGCCUAAAGCACAUCUUGAAAUGCCAGCUCUGUAAUGUCAAUAACGUAAACGCACUGUUCUUGCCAUGUGCGCAUCACCGACUGUGCAUGGAGUGCGCGAGCAAAUAUGACGUCGAGGUGUGUCCCAUUUGUGACCGGCCGAUCAGGGAAAUCGUUAAAACAUUCAUGGGUUGAAAAUGGCCGAGGAACUCCGACACUGGCAUAAAUGAAGUCAGGGGACAGGAAAGAAAAUGGCAUAAAAUCGUUGUUUAAUUGUACAAUUGAUUUAUUGAAAUUAAUGCAUGAAAUGUAGUUUAUUUUUGAAACGAAACGUUUAAGAAUUCUGUGAUAACAUAUACGUAUACAAUAUUGUUUUAUUAUAUCAUAUGAUUAAGAUUCAUUGACAGGUUUUACAUUUGUGUUCACAAACAAGAAUUAAAAUAUUUUUAUAUUAAAUAUUUUAUAAUUGUAUACACCUUUUUAAUAAAUAUGGCUCGAAGUCGUGUGUUAUAUAACUUAUAUUUCUUAUAUUAUACCGAACAUUUUACAUAACCAUUUCAUUUUUGUAAGCGCUUUUGACGUGUCUUAUUGAACAAAGCAAUUAAUGUUUGUUUUUUAUGACGUCAGCGGUCCAUAUUUUUUUUAGCGAGGUCCGGACCGCCCAAAAAUAUGAUAUGGACCGCUGACGUCAUAAAACUGAUGUUUUGAUUAAAAUACACAGAUACAAAAUGUAUAUGGACCGAUCGACUUUAUAUGUACAUAUAAGGUACACAUUUAAGUAACUAAAUGUAUAAUAUACAUGUAUAUGUGCCUACUAGAAUAUGUGUCGUGUGGUUUUAAGCCAUUUGUUCGGUAUUGUCCCAAGGUCUAUGUAUGUACACAAUAUAAAGUUUUUAACCAUGUCUUGAUCUCAAGCCCCUCCACUAUAAUCGUUUACGAUUGUCUAUGUGUC